GUGAGAAGGAGAGAAAAAGCCGACUGGACCAUCGGCGGUGGAAGAAUUGAGGCGGGGGGCGGGUUGGACAGGGAAGGGCCGCGCUGCCUUGGCUACUCUGCGGAGAUAACGGCCGGGGAGGGGGAGAACGAGAACCGAUGCGCGGGGAAGAUUGCUGCGGUCCGGAAGGGGCAAGCCUUGGGAUGGGCAGAGGCAGCUUCUGAGAGGAGAGAAGAAGCGGGAGGGGAAGCGCGCUCCCAUUUUUCGCAGAGGAAGGGUCUUGGUGGGAGGGGGGCUCAUCGCAAACAUGGCCUUCGCCAACUACAGCAGCCUGCAGCGCGCCCAGCUCACGUUCGACUAUCUGCAUACUAACUCAACCACACAUGAAUUCUUGUUUGGAGCCCUUGCUGAACUUGUAGAUAAUGCGAGAGAUGCAAAUGCCACAAGAAUAGAUAUCUUUACUGAGCAUCGUGAAGACCUUCGAGGUGGAUUCAUGCUGUGUUUUUUGGAUGAUGGAGCUGGAAUGGACCCAAAUGAUGCUGCAAGUGUGAUUCAGUUUGGUAAAUCUGCUAAACGAUCACCAGAAUCCACACAGAUUGGGCAAUAUGGAAAUGGCUUAAAAUCAGGUUCCAUGCGGAUUGGUAAGGAUUUCAUCCUCUUUACGAAGAAGGAAAACAGUAUGACCUGUCUCUUCUUGUCUCGCACAUUUCAUGAAGAGGAAGGCAUUGAUGAGGUAAUUGUUCCACUGCCCACCUGGAAUGCCCACACCAGAGAGCCUUUGACAGAAAACAUGGAGAAAUUUUCCAUUGAGACUGAACUCAUUUACAAGUAUUCCCCUUUUAAAUCAGAGAAGGAAGUAAUGCAGCAGUUUGACAAGAUUUUUGGAGAGAAAGGGACCUUGGUGAUUGUCUUCAACCUCAAAUUGAUGGAUAAUGGUGAACCUGAGCUAGAUGUGAUCUCUGAUCCCCGCGAUAUCCAGAUGGCUGAAACUCCACCAGAAGGAACGAAGCCAGAACGCCGUUCUUUCCGUGCAUAUGCUGCUGUGCUCUACAUUGAUCCCAGAAUGCGAAUCUUCAUCCAUGGCCACAAAGUACAAACUAAACGCCUCUCCUGCUGCUUAUACAAGCCUAGGAUGUACAAGUAUACAUCCAAGCGCUUCAAGACGCGAGCAGAACAAGAAGUGAAGAAAGCAGAGCAUAUGGCUCGGAUUGCGGAAGAGAAGGCACGAGAAGCAGAAAGCAAAGCCCGUGCUUUAGAGCUGCGGCUGGGAGGAGACCUUACCAGGGAGUCCAGGGUUAUGCUGCGCCAGGCCCAAGAUGUAGCAAUAACUAUGCGUAGAGAGGCAGAUGUUAAAAAGAGGAUCAGGGAAGCAAAACAGCGAGCGCUAAAGGAGCCAAAAGAGCUGAACUUCAUCUUUGGUGUAAACAUAGAGCAACGGCAUCUGGAUGGGAUGUUUAUCUACAACUGCAGCCGAUUGAUUAAGAUGUAUGAGAAGGUGGGCCCACAGCUGGAGGGUGGCAUGGCAUGUGGUGGAGUUGUUGGAGUGGUGGAUGUCCCCUACCUUGUUUUGGAACCAACACAUAACAAGCAAGACUUUGCAGAUGCAAAAGAAUAUCGGCACUUGUUAAGAGCAAUGGGAGAACAUUUGGCUCAGUAUUGGAAGGAUGUUGAAAUUGCUCAGAAAGGCAUUAGCAAGUUUUGGGAUGAUUUUGGCUAUCUAUCUGCAAACUGGAACCAGCCCCCAUCAAAUGAAUUGCGUUACAAAAGGCGGAGAGCCAUGGAGAUCCCAACUACUAUUCAAUGUGAUGUGUGUUUGAAAUGGCGGACCCUCCCAUUCCAGCUCAGCUCUGUGGAGCAAAAAUACCCAGAUACCUGGAUGUGUGCCAUGAACCCAGAUCCUGAACAAGAUAGGUGUGAAGCUCCUGAACAAAAGCAGAAGGUUCCUCUGAGCCUCUUUAGAAAAGAGAAAUCACAGGAAGAUAAGCAGAAAGAGCUGACUGAUAAAAUUCGCCAGCAGCAAGAGAAGCUGGAGGCCUUGCAGGGAACAGAAAGGCGAGCACAAGGCCAACUUUAGUAAAGAGGGUAACCUUCAGGAGUACAGUGGCUAUUCUUACCAUGAAUACCUUGUUCCGCUUGCUCU